AUGCCUCCGCAACACCAGCCGCCGCCGCCGCCCCCCAGUUCUCCCUCUCCUCUCGCCGCUGCUCAAUUACCGCCAAGCCAGCAGCCGACGAGACAACCUUCGCCGCCACCAACCUCCUCCGUUGCCAUCAUCCCCGUUGAAAACUCCACCACGUCCCGUCGCUGCUCCACGCUCCAACAGAGCCGGCAGCCGCAUGAAACCAGCCGGAGACGACCAAAUCAUCCAAACCGCCCGACCAUUCAACCUGUUUUAUCGGAGAAUAAUGAGUUCGUUGGAAUCCAUCUCAAGUUGUUUGAAAUUUCGCUUAGUGACAUGGAAUCACAGAAUUACAUUUCUUCUCUUAAUACAAUCUGA